CCCUUACUUCUCUAUAAAAAGAUCCGGCCGCCGCGAAGAACCAGGAAAAUAAAAAAGAGGAAACGGAAAUCUGAUAAAAUCUCUCACUCACCGCCACCGCCGCCGCCUGGAAAAAAACAAUCCCCAAGAAAAAACCCUAAUUUUCUCAGAGUCAUUCCUCUCCCGACUCUCCUCCACGGGAAAUACGAGCUCGGCCGGAUGCUCGGCCACGGCACCUUCGCGAAGGUGUACCACUCGCGCAACCUCCACUCCGGCAAGAGCGUGGCGAUGAAGGUCAUCGGCAAAGAGAAGGUGAUCAAGGUCGGGAUGAUGGACCAGAUCCAGCGCGAGAUCUCGGUGAUGAAGAUGGUUAAGCACCCGAACAUCGUCGAGCUCCACGAGGUGAUGGCGAGCAAGUCCAAGAUCUACAUCGCCAUGGAGCUCGUCCGCGGCGGCGAGCUCUUCUCCAAGGUCGCCAGGGGCCGACUGAGGGAAGACGCCGCUAGGGUUUACUUCCAGCAAUUGAUCUCCGCCAUAGAUUUCUGCCACAGCCGCGGCGUCUAUCACCGAGAUCUGAAACCAGAAAACCUCCUCCUCGACGAGGAGGGCAACCUUAAGGUCACCGAUUUCGGGCUAAGCGCUUUCUCCGAGCAUCUGAAGCAGGACGGGCUCCUCCACACCACCUGCGGAACUCCGGCGUACGUCGCGCCGGAGGUCAUCGGGAAAAAGGGGUACGACGGCGCCAGAGCCGAUCUCUGGUCCUGCGGGGUAAUCCUCUACGUCCUCCUCGCCGGAUUCCUCCCUUUCCAGGACGACAAUCUGGUCGCCAUGUAUAGAAAAAUCUACAGAGGUGACUUCAAAUGUCCGCCGUGGUUUUCCUCCGAGUCCCGCCGCCUCGUCACCAAGCUCCUCGACCCCAAUCCGGCGAGCCGAAUCACCAUCUCGAAGGUCAUGGAGUCGUCGUGGUUCAGAAAAUCCAUCCCCAAAACCGUACGCAGCAAGGAGGAGAUCGAAUUCGACGCGUUCAAUUGCGAAGAAGACGAAUCGAAAUCGGAGAAAUCGAAGGAGACGCUGAACGCGUUCCACAUCAUCUCGCUGUCUGAAGGUUUCGACCUCUCGCCGCUGUUCGAGGAGAAGAAGAAGAUGGAAAAGGAAGAGCUGAGAUUCGCCACGACUCGCCCCGCCAGCAGCGUGAUCUCGAGGCUGGAAGAGGUCGGGAAAGCAGGGAAAUUCAGCGUGAAGAAGAGCGAGACGAAGGUGAAGCUGCAAGGUCAGGCGAGCGGGAGGAAAGGGAAGCUCGGGAUUCAGGCGGAGAUCUUCGCCGUGACACAGUCGUUCUUCGUCGUGGAAGUGAAGAAGGAUAAUGGAGAUACUCUGGAGUACAACCAGUUCUGCUCCAAGGAGCUCAGACCGGCGCUCAAGGACAUCCUCUGGACCUCUGCCGCUGCCGCCGUCGUCGACCACUCCACCGUCGCUUAA